AUGUCACCUGUCCUACUUCAGGACGAGCCUGACUCGGACGAAGAUGUCGAGUUUGAAGACGUCCCAAUCCUCCACCAAACCAGUACCCAAAACAGCGAAAGAACCAGGAAUGGAGAUAUCUCCAUAGAUCUCCCCCCAGUCCCAACCCAGCAAUGGAACCCACCACUAUAUCUCCCGCCACAGCGGACUACACCCAUCCCCUCCGGCUCAGAGGAAGAAAUCCAGCUCCGCGGCCGGUUCAGCACGGGUAUUGAAAAAAUCACCUAUCGCAAAAUGAAAUCUGACAUGGGCAUGGAUGCCCCGGAUACACCUGUUUCCUUACGCAGAUAUGAGGGAUUCAAGGAUCUUGUAGUUGAUGUGGAUAGCCUGGUUGACAUGCUUUGGGUUUCGGCAACUCCGGCAAUUCAAACCGAGACCCUCAUAACCCUAGCAGGCCUAAUCCAAACCUCCUUAAAAAGCUUCCCCUUCGACCCACAACCAACACUAACAAUCCUGCACAAACUGGACUCGAUCUUUGCAGCAUUAUGUACUGGAACGCACCCACUAACGGGUGCCGCUCUUCCGGGUGCUCAGAUAGGUCAGUCGCUCGCAACGGAGACGCAGAAGGUCCGCAUUCGGAGUUUGGCGGAGAUGACCCGGUAUGAGGUUUUUUCUGCGUUGGGGGCUUCUAAUCAGGAGGUUACCGGGGAUGGGGAUGAUGAUUACGACGAUGAUGUUGAGGAUGAUGAUGAGCCGUGGAUGUUGGAGGCUACGCAGGUUUAUGAGAAGAGUUUGAUGUUGCUUGCGGAGCAGGAUCCUGGUGUGGCUGGUGAUGAUGGUGAUGUGGGUUGUGGACUUUGA